GCGCUGUUAUAUUGUCGCUAUUUCACUUUUCAUUCCCGAAACUACAGAAGCUUUCAAGAUGAUUGCGUGUUUCAGCGAGUUUUUGAUAGUCGUUUAAUUUGAAGAAAUGGCAAAGCGUGUUGCUGUAGUGUUGGCAGGCUGUGGUGUAUUUGAUGGAAGUGAAAUCCACGAGGCGUCUGCGGUUCUUGUUCAUUUGAGCCGUCAGCAAGCUUCUGUCAAGAUGUUUGCACCCGAUGUUGAUCAGAUGCAUGUUGUAGAUCACCUGAAAAACUCUCCAACUGAGGAAAGGAGGAAUGUGCUCAUGGAGAGUGCCAGACUUGCCCGGGGUGAUAUCCAAGACCUUUCUCAGGUUAAUGUGAAGAAUCUGGAUGCCAUCAUCUUUCCUGGUGGUUUUGGCGCAGCUAAAAACCUGUGUAGCUGGGCUGUCCAGGGUAAAGACUGCUCUGUCAAUGAGCAGGUGAAAACAGUGCUGCAGGCCUUUCAUGCUGAGAAGAAGCCCAUCGGCUUGUGCUGUAUCUCACCUGUGCUGGCUGCUAAGGUUUUCCCUGGCUGUGAGGUGACUGUUGGCCAUGAAAAGGAUGAAAGAUAUCCAGAUGUUCCAGCCACUGCUGAAGCUAUUACUCAACUUGGUUGCGAGCACAUCAGCAAGCAUGUCAACGAGGCCCAUGUUGAUGAGAAAAAUAAGAUUGUCACCACCAGUGCUUUCAUGUGCAAAGCCCCACUACAUGAAAUAUUUGAUGGAAUUGGAGUAAUGGUACAGGAGGUGCUGAAACUUGCCUGAAUUCCUCCAAAAUGUAUUUAUGGACUGACCAUGUGUCUCUAAUGAUUUUAUGUACUGUAAAGAUUUAAAUAAACUUUUGUUUUGAGCAGAGC